GCGCAGCGCUCACAGCCGCACUCUCAUCAUUAACCCAACAUCAACGAAAUGGUCAGCCGUGGAGCUGCAGCAAAAUGCUGGAUGGACACCUUGUUCUGGGAUGGCUAUCACUUGCACUUGUAGUCCUCAACUGCCUUGGGCCGGCGGCUGCUAACUUCGGAAUUCCAGCCCCCAUGUCUCUACGUGCCCACACCAGACUGACUUCGGAGGGGCAGAACACUGGCAAGAGUCUGCACCCACCCCGGUCUAAAGAAGAGGCACCCAGACAUGGAAGAUACACCCGAACGCUGACAGGGAAUGAACCAUUGACCAUCCUCCCUCUGACCUCAGAAACGGAGGAGGCUGCAGUGAAGGCCCAUUACAAAAUCUGUGACCGGCUUAAGCUUGAGCGGAAGCAACGCAGGAUGUGCCGACGGGACCCGGGGGUGGCCGAGACCCUCAUAGAAGCUAUCAGCAUGAGUGCGCAGGAGUGCGAGUACCAGUUUCACUUCGAGCGCUGGAACUGCACCCUGGAAGGGCGAUACCGGGCCAGUUUACUGAAGAGAGGGUUUAAGGAAACCGCAUUCCUUUACGCCAUCUCCUCAGCAGGACUGACCCAUGCGAUGGCCAAGGCAUGCAGCGCAGGUCGCAUGGAACGCUGCACGUGUGACGAAGCUCCGGACCUGGAGAACAGAGAGGCCUGGCAGUGGGGGGGCUGUGGAGACAACCUCAAGUACAGCAACAAAUUCGUCAAGGAGUUUCUGGCGAAUAAGUCCAGCAAGGAUCUGCGGGCGAGAGUGGAUUUACACAAUACCAAUGUGGGGAUUAAGGUCAUCAAGGCUGGAGUUAAGACCACAUGCAAGUGCCACGGAGUCUCCGGAUCUUGUACAGUUCGCACAUGUUGGAGACAGCUGUCGCCUUUCCAUGAAAUUGGGAAACAACUGAAGCAAAAAUAUGAGACUUCGCUCAAAGUAGGGAGCACUACUAAUGAAGCUACUGGAGAAGGGGACAUAUCUCCACCCAAAAAGCCAGUUGCUGGCCACAGCGACCAAAUUCCAAGGACUACAGAUCUAAUAUACAUUGACGACUCGCCAAGUUUUUGUCGGAUGAGCAAGUACUCUCCGGGCACUUCCGGAAGGAGAUGUUACAAAGAUAAAAACUGUGAAAGCAUUUGCUGUGGUCGGGGACACAACACUCAGAGCAAUGUAGUUACAAGGCCAUGCCAGUGUCAGGUUCGAUGGUGCUGCUAUGUGGAGUGCAAAGAGUGCACACAAAGGGAGGAGGUGUACACGUGUAAAGAUUAGCCAACGGUUCUAGGUUGGGAGAUUACUACAGGCGGAAACCAUCACAGCGUAUGAAAACAAAAACAGGGUUGGAUUGACUGUGGGAUCUAAAGCUAUAUAUAUUAAGACAUAAGCACUUUGUAGGGUAGAGAGAACCCAACUGUGUUGCUGUUUGUAGGCAUGUUUCACUGGGCCGUAAGCCCGUAUUAUAAUCCCUUCUUUGCUCCGUGUCUCUGAGUGUAACCAACUCAAAGUGAGCAGGGUUACGACAAACCCGUAACCGUUUUUUAGCAUUACAACAUUCACAGGGCUAAGCCAACCCAUAGAACAUAGAACAUUCACAGGGCUAAGCCAACCCAAAGCCCAUAGAACAUUCACAGGGCUAAGCCAACCCAUAGCCCAUAGAACAUUCACAGGGCUAAGCCAACCCAUAGCCCAUAGAACAUUCACAGGGCUGAGCCAACCCAUAGAACAUAGAACAUUCACAGGGCUAAGCCAACCCAUAGAACAUUCACAGGGCUAAGCCAACCCAUAGCCCAUCACAGUAAUAGAAUGUUCAUGAUUCAAAAGAUAAGAGACAACUGCAGAAGGAACAGCAACUCAAUGUUUUAAACGUGCCUCUAUACGGGGGAAAAAAGUUCAUACAUCUUACUGGCUUUGUUGGCUGAUCUGGAACAUUUCAGUGGUAUAAUCAAGUACGCAGGUAGAGAUCCGAGAUAUGGUGGUCAUCUCCUGGGUUGUCCCAACACUAGCCGGUCUUCUUGAACUCUUAGUUUCUAUAGCAACAACACCAUUUUCUAUCCAAGAGGCACCUGGAGACUAGUUAACUUGGCGACGGAAACUACAACAAGUGGCAGAGCAAGGGACACCAUAACGUUCUUCGGUUCUUUCCUCCAGUCUUCGGUUGGAAGAAUAUGGCAGAAUUGGCUUAUGAGUGGUGGGAGGAUAUUUCUACCUAGUACUGUAGAACCAAUAGUAAUGGAAAACCAAAAUGGCCUUGUAAGAAUGUGUACAGCAAGGGUUCAGUCAUAUCAUUUUGUAGACGAGCAAAGACCAACUUCAGAGAGUCAGUUGUCUUUAGAAUACGCAAACGGAACCUUCAGAAUCUUUUUUUUUAGCACUAUCACUGUCUUAAAAAAAAAAAACCACUAGAAAAUUUUUAUUUUCAUUGUAUAAAUAUAUAAAUAUAUAGACAUUUAUAUUUUGAUUUUUUUUUUUUUCUUUUAUUAAAACUAACCCUGUGGAGGUUACCUAAACACCUUUUUUUUUUUUUUUUCUAGAGUAUCUCGAUGACCUAGACCAGAAUGAUGUAUAUUCCUAAUGCUUCUUUUAUAAAUAAUGUAAAUUAAAAAACAAACAAACAAACAAAAAAAAGGAUAAGUAAUAUUCAGAAGAUUUUCUAUGAGAGGGGUUAGGAACUGUUGGGGGUUAGGGCUGUUAUUUGAACUUGGUGUAUAGCGGAAAGACAGGUGUUCCUCAGCCAUCAUUCCAUUUAUAGAUAUAUCUGGAACAUCACGCCCUUACACUGCUCCAUAAGAGACUAUGGUACGGUUUCUCAUGCAUGCUAAAUACAUCUUUAGAACAUGCAUUCUAACAACAAAGACAAGGCUACUGGGGUUGUCCCUGGUUUUAGGCUAUCCUUGAAAUGCAGUCAAUGGAGGAUGUUGGUUUAGGGAAUACUACGAUGGACCAUUUGUUCUGGGGGUAUAGUUUUCCUUAAUGUGGAAAAUGAAUUUAGGAACCAUAUACAGGUAUGGGAUCCCUUAU